AUGUGCAAUCUUAUACUUGCUUUGCUCAUCUUCGUUUUGGGUCUUUCGUCUCUGGAAGUCUUGGCUCAACCUUUUCACACUCUAGUUACGUCCCUCCACAAGGACCCUAACACUUCCCUUCACACCGUCACCCUCACACUGAACCCUUCUGAGCAAUAUCUCGUUGACCUCGACGCCCCUUUCAUCUGGAACCGAUGCGAUUUUCCGCAACCCAUGGUUUCUUUUGAUGAUCCCGAGUGCUCGACCGCUCGCAAUUACAUCUCUCCGCUAUGCCCCGAGGCGAAUAACACAUAUGGCUACUCUUGCUAUAUUACACCUGUGAACCCAAUCACCGGGUCAUGUGCCCCAUCUUAUUUAAGUGGCAAUGUUCUGACAGUAUAUUGGACCGCUGGUAGAUCUCUCUCUACAUACAGGAUACAGUACUUCAAUCGGUACGUAUCGUGUGCUCCAUCGUCUCUCUUGCAAUCUCUUCCAGCACAAGCAAUCGGUGUAGCUUCAUUGUCAUGGUCCACUCUCUCUCUACUAUAUCAAUUCACCCCAUUUUUCCUCGACGUCGCAAAGAAAUUCUCCAUUUGCCUCUCAAGCUCAAGUGAUGACCAAGGGGUCAUUUUCUUCGGUGAUGGUCCAUACUAUAUUGAACCUCCAGCGAACUUUGAUGCUUCAAGUGUACUUUCCUACACUCCACUCAUAAAGAAUCCCACGACACUGGGAUAUUUUAUCAACGUGACAGGGAUAUCCAUAGACCAACAGGCCAUUAGUGUUCCAGCGAACGCAUUUGCGCUCGACUUUAAUGGAGGUGUGAAGCUCAGUACUACAGUGCCCUACACUACCCUAAGGAGGGACAUUUACAGUGUCUUUAUAAGCGAAUUCAAGAAGGCUCUGAAAGGCAUCCCUCGAGGAAAGAGGAUGAGUCCGCUCGACUUUUGCUUCAAGACGAACAUCACGCAAGAGAAGAAGGACGAGAGCAUUCCUCAAAUCGAUCUAGUGCUAGGCGACGGCGGGCACUGGACAAUUCACGAAUCUAAUUUACUGAAACAAGUGAACGACGAUGUGGCAUGUUUGGCAUUCGUUGACGGAGGAGACUCAGCAGAGCAUGCUGUGGUGAUCGGGACAUACCAAAUGGAGAACAUAAUGUUGCAAUUUGAUUUAGUCCAGUCGAGAUUGGGAUUCAGUUCUUCCUUGUCCUCCUUCGGGAGCUCAUGUGGAAACUUCGAUUUCACCGUUCGGCCUUGA